GGCCGCUGCCGGGCCGCGGUCAUGCCCAAGCGGGGCUACCCGUUCGCAGCCGCGGCCCCGCUGCAGCUCAAGGUCCGCGUGGGGCCGCGGGAGCUGAGCCGCGGCGUGUGCGCCGAGCGCUACUCGCGUGAGAUCUUCGAGAAGACGCGGCAACUCCUCUAUCGAGGGGCCCAGGCUUAUGCGGAGCACGUGUGGGAGGACGCCUGUGCCGUCGUGGACCUGCCCGAGUCCCCAAAGCCUGGCCCCACCACAAACGCUCGUGCCUCGCGGGGCCAGAUGCUGAUUGGACCCGAUGGGCGGCUAACCAGGCGCCCUGAGCAGAUUUCUGACACUGACCCGCUGGGUGCCGUGUUGGAGGGCUGCCAGUCAUGCGCGCAUGGCCUGGUCAGGAAGGCCUUGUGCGGGCAGUGUGAGCGGGCUCUGUGUGGGGCCUGCGUGCGUGCCUGCAGCAGCUGCGGAACCACCACUUGUACCCUGUGUGCUGUCGUGGAGGGUGCUGACAUCCCUGAGAAGCUGCUGUGUGCCAGCUGUGCCAUGUUUGAAGGCUGAGCCCUGUACUGCAGGCCCUGGGGGGUGUGGGGUUGGGGGCUCUGUUUUCUGUUUUGUGCUCCUGAGCACAGCCAAUAAACAUGCUCUUUAUUGUGA